AUGGUGAGGAACGUGGAUGACUUUGACUUCUGCCUGCCUUCACAUGCCCAGGGCAUGCUGGAGGGCCUGCAGCGGCUGCGUGCCAACCCCAAGCUGGCAGAUGUGACACUGGUGGCGGGCGGGCAGGAGUUCCCCUGCCACCGCAGCAUCCUGGCCCUGUGCAGCCACUACUUCCACGCCAUGUUCUCCGGCAACUUUGCCGAGAGCACCGCAGCGCGGGUGGAGCUGAAGGAGGUGGACCCUGGCACCCUGGAGAUGCUGCUCAACUUCGCCUACACAGGGAAAGUCACCAUCAACCAGGGCAAUGUGGAGCGGCUGAUGCAGACCUCCAGCCAGCUCCAUUUCCCCACUAUCCAGAAGGUCUGCAGCCGCUACCUUCGGCAGCAGAUGGAUGCCACCAACUGUCUAGGUAUCUAUGAGUUUGGUGAGAGCCAUGGCUGCCCUGAGGUCUCCUCCAAAGCCUGGUCUUUCUUGCAGGAGAACUUUGAAGCCAUCUCUCUGCAGGAAGAGUUCCUCCAGCUCUCCAAGGAGAGGUUAGCCAUCUGCCUCUCCAGUGAGCAGCUGCAGGUGCAGGAGGAGCAGAGCCUGGCCGAGGCUGUGCUGCGCUGGGUACACCACGAUCCGGGGCCCCGAGCCCAGUUCCUGCCUGAGCUGCUGGAGCUGGCCCACCUCAUCUCACUGCCUGACCAGUACCUGCAGAACCUUCUCACCACCGAGCCGCUCAUCCGUGACUCGGAUGCCAGCAAGGCCCUCAUUGAGCAGAGCAAUGCUAGUGCCUGGAAGAAGCCCCCAGCCUCACUGCAGAAGCUAGAGGAGGUGCUGGUUGUGGUUGGUGGACGUGUGCUGGAGGAGGGCGAGGAUGAGGACAUGGGGCUAGAGGUGCCAGCUGGCCCCAGGAACUUUGCCUUCUACAACCCCAAAAGCAGGCGAUGGGUGGCUCUGCCUGACUUCCCCGAUUACAACAAGUGGGGCUUCUCCCUGGUAGCCCUGAACAACGUCGUGUAUGUUACAGGUGGCUCCAGGGGGUCCCAGAAUGACACAUGGUCGACAACCCAGGCCUGGUGCUUCUGCCCCAGGGACGGCGCCUGGAAGCCCAUCACGUCCAUGCUGAGAGCUCGCACCAACCAUACCAGCGCUGUGCUCAACGGUGAGGUCUACGUCAUCGGGGGGACCACAGUGGAUGUGGUGGAGGUGGAGCGCUACGACCCCUACAACAGAAGCUGGUGUGCCACCAGCCCAGCCCUCAAGUACGUCAGCAAUUUUGCAGCCUCCAGCUGCUUGGGCAAGCUCUACUUGGUGGGCUCCUGCGCUGUCAAGUACAACACCCUGACCCUGCAGUGCUACAACCCUGUCCAAGAUCUGUGGAAUGUGAUCACCUCCCCCUUCAUCCCCAAGUACCUCUCAGCCCCACGCUGUGCCACCCUGCAUGGGCUCAUCUACCUCAUCGGGGACAACACCAAGAAGGUCUACGUGUACAACCCAGAGGCUAACAUCUGGCAGAAGGUGCAGCUCCUGCACACCCUCCAUGAGAACGGGGGCAUGGUGCCGCUGGGAGACCGGCUCUUUGUCACCGGUGGCCACUGGAAGGGCAUGGAUGGCGACUACCGCGUGGAGAUGGAGGUGUACGAUUGCACCAAGGACCUCUGGACACAGGAGGGCUCCUUGCCCUGCCUCUGGCUCUUCCACAGCUCCUCCUCCAUCUUUAUGGACACCUCCAAGUGGACAGAAGCUUUCCAGGGGGGGCACGCGUGAUGGGAGAGCCCACAUGUGUGGGCUGUCACCCUGCACAGCCACUCU